AUGGCGGAUACCAAGUACAAAGACUACCUUGCUGCAAGAAUUCUCACCGAGAGUCAGCCUGUUACCUAUAGGCUGCUUUCGAGGGCGCUUCAGGUCAAUGUCAAUGCUGCGAAGCUUAUGCUCUUCGAGUUCUACCAGAAGCAGAACGCGAGGAAACCGAACUCUAUCCACGCGACUUACCUCAUCUCUGGUACAAAACGAACCACUAGCGAACCGAAUAAUACCAACGGUCGAAGCGGCGAAGAUGUUAGCAUGCGCAGCUCCCCGUUCAUGAGCUCCAUGCCAGAACCCGAAGAGCAAGAGGAAGAGCCUGUCAAGAAGUCUACUAUACUGUUAGUUCGAGAGGAAGAGCUCGCGAAGACCCGCGCUGAAUUCUCAGAGGAAGCCUCAAUCCAUAUCUACAGCUUGGAACCAGGACCACUUGAGAACAUGAGCAUACUGGCAUCAUGCAAUCACGAGGUGCACUCGAAGUUUGCUGAUGAAGAUCCGCUGGAACGAUGGCGAGUAUAUGGAUCUAUACAGAAUCCCUACAUCAAGCGAAGGACAGCCAAAUAUGCGCCCCCUCCCGUAGCCUCAGCCCCUACCAAACCAGCUGACAAGCCAGCCAUGAAGCCCACCGCAAAGCCACCUGUCGCUGCUCAACUUAGAAAGGAUGCCUCAACGUCGUCGCGCAGGGGUAGUGCAUCCGAGGACGAUGCGUCUGGACGAUCGACACCCCAGCCAGCCGGAGCGCCUGCGACUUUAAAGAGGUCAGAUUCCACAAAGUCCGGGGGCACAAAGAACAAAACUGCUGGAGAUAUCUUCAAGUCAUUUGCAAAGGCUAAAGCAAAACCGAAGGAGGCUGCGAGGUCAAACGAGUCAACACCCGCGCCUGUCCAGGAUGAACCCAUGCAAGGCAUGUCGGAGGACGAAGGCGACGAAAACGAUGAGCCUGAAGUCCAGGUGGACGUUGAGAAGAUGGAAGCAGCAAAGAAGGCGCGCAACGAGCGGGCCGAGAAGCUGCGAAAGAUGAUGGACGAUGAUGAUGAGGAUAUGCCCGACGCACCUGCCGCAAAAGAACAGCUAGAGCAGGAACCCGAAGCAUCCCAGUCUCAGGAAGCGGAUGCACCGAAAGCAGAUGAGCCGGAGCCUACAGUUACCGUACAGAAUGGUCGCAGGAGAGGCCGAAGACGGGUUAUGAAAAAGAAGACAGUCAAGGAUGAAGAAGGCUACCUUGUAACAAAGGAAGAGGCUGUGUGGGAGUCAUUCUCCGAGGACGAGCCCGAGGCCAAGCGAGCAAAGCCUGCACCCAAGCCAGCAGCUACAGCGAAGGGCAAACCCGCAGGCAAGAAGGGCCAAGGAAGCAUUGCAAGCUUUUUCAAGAAGGCAUAG